AUGAGGGGUAAGCAUAGCUUACGUGAUUUUAUAACUCAAGAGCUGAAUGAGGCUUCAGAUUGUUCGGAUAUUUCAGAUAUAUCUUCUGGUGUAGAUUUCUUUGCUUCUUUGCCUAAGCCAAAUUACACAAAACAACAUUCGCGGCGUCACCAAGCAAGUGCACAACGUCAAAAUUCCGAGCAUGGUAAAACUGUUCAAUUUACUAAAGGCGUUCCAAUUGAUGAUUUUCAGGGGGUUAAUCAGCAUCCUUUACCCAAAACGGAUCCUGCUAACCAUUCAACAUUGCCAAAUGGUACAUUAAAUGUUCUUAUUGGUGGCCCAGUGGAUUCAGGAAAAUCAACUCUAAUUGCCCAUAUCUUGACUAGGGAUCAUAAAUCCAAACCUAAGCAUUUGGCUGAUUUGCUAGAUAAUUCAACUGAGGAAAGGGAAAGAGGUAUUACGAUACACGUUAAGCUUAACCGUUGUUCAUAUAAUUUAUGCGGUUUAUUCUACAAUGUAUUGCUAUUAGAUACCCCUGGGCACUGCGAUUUAUUUACAAGCCUAAUAAAAUCGUCCCUGAUCGCACAACAAUCUGUUUUAAUUCUUGAUAUAACGAAACUAACCAAGUUCAACCAAUCAAGUAGUUUUACAGUACAAAAUAUGGUUACAUUGGGUAUAAAUCACAUGCUAAUCUACCAUCAUUGUAUAGGAAAUGAUAUAAUUAUAUGUAUUAAUAAGAUGGACCUGGUGGAUUACUCAGAGCCAGAAUUUAUUGCAGCAAAAUCCCUAGUAGUUGGCAUUUGUAAAUCUCUAUUAAAAAUUAAUAUAAAUUUUACCUUUAUACCUAUUGUUUCCAAUACCGGACUAAAUAUAGACAAACCAAGUGUGGGUAAUUCUGUGGAUGGGUUAUGCAGCUGGUAUAAAGGAAACACUUUAUUUCAAGAACUCUCACAUCGAAUUGAUAUAAUGAAGCCUAUUCCUUAUGGUAGUGACUUAGUAUGCCAUGUUAUCGACCAGUGGGCCAAUAAUAAGGAAUUAAAGCUUACUAUAUAUGUUGAGUCUGGUUCACUCUCUAGAUAUAACAAGGCCACAGCCUUGCCCUCACUGCUGGAUGUUACCGUAAUUAAAGACCUCUCAUCCAAAUCUUUUAAUAAUGCAAGUAUAGGUACAGGCAGCGUUCUGGAUGUAACUAUCAGGUCUCAGAAUGUAGAUUCCUUGGGUGAUAUAGUUGCAAUUGUGCAUGGAAUUGACAUUCCACGCGUUGCCGAAUGGAUUAGUGUGAAAUUGUAUGCAAGUAAAAUUUCAAAGUCACAAUUAACGAUAGGUCAAUCGGUAGAGUUAAUUAUUGGCAACGUUUCAGAGGAAGCAUUCAUUGAAGUUGUCAAAGACUCAAACAAUGAGAAUAGUUAUGUAAUUCGCCCUGGAAUGGAUUAUGUUGUGUCAUUUCGCUUUGCUAGCGAAGCUAUUGUUCACCCGGACUCCACAGGCGCCAAGCGUCUAUCCAAGGUUAUUGUUAGAAGUUCGGGGACGGUUGUUGGCUGGGGAACGAUUGUCUCAUGUCGUUGA